GAAGAAAUAGUGAUGACUUGAAUAUCGGAAGCAAAACAAGAUACUGCGAAGAAAUCUUGCAAUGGCGGGAAUUGGUUUGUGCUCCAGUCUUUCUUCCUCCAGCAACUUAGGGACAUCUUGGUUGGUAUUAAAAUCUCACAAUGCAAGGACCGUGCCAGGGAAACUUCCUGGAAGGAGAAGCUUGACAAUAAAAGCUGAAGUGAAGUAUGUAAAUGCUGAAGAGGCAAAAGAACUUAUAGCAGUCGAAGGAUACACAAUUCUGGAUGUGAGAGAUAAAACCCAGUUCGAACGAGCUCAUAUAAAAUCAUGCUAUCACGUGCCUCUUUUUAUUGAAAAUCAAGACAAUGAUCCUGGUACCAUUAUAAAACGGACCCUGCACAAUAACUUUUCUGGGUUGUUCUUUGGGUUGCCAUUCACUAAAUUAAACCCUGAUUUUGUGCAAUCUGUUAAGAGCCAGCUUUCCCCUGAGAGUAAACUCUUGGUUGUAUGCCAGGAGGGAUUGAGAUCUGCUGCGGCAGCAAAGAGAUUAGAGCAAUCUGGUUUCUCAAAUAUAGCAUGCAUUACUUCAGGCCUUCAAACCGUGAAGCCAGGAACGUUCGAUUCUGUUGGUUCCACAGAGUUGCAGAAUGCUGGAAAAGCUGGUUUGGUGACAAUACAAGGGAAAAUCUCAGCUGUUUUGGGAACGGUUCUUGUUUGUGCAUAUUUGUUCAUUACCUUCUUCCCUGAGCAAGCAGAGAAACUAUUCCAACUGGCCCCGGUAGGCUAGGUCUCAAGAUUCCCCCAACCAUAUUGUUUUUAUUAUUCGUUUUCCCCUUCUAAUUUUUAUGUAGCAUAGUUAACAGACUUGGGAUUUUAUGUAGCACUAGUUUACGUCAUAGAAUUAUACUGCUGAGAUUAUUAUUUAUGAUAUUAAAUUUUGCAAA